AUGCUCUCCUUUGCUGAUUCCAAUUCCACUCCCGUUCCUCAGCCACGCGAGCAGCCACCUCCAGAGGUGCCUGCCUCGCCUCACGACCUGCAAUGGCCUCUAGAACGAGUCAUCGCUUGGCUUGCUGAUAACGGCUUCUCUCACAUUUGGCAAGAGGCAUUCAAGCAUCUCAAUAUCCAGGGCUCGCAGUUUCUCGAGAUUGGCCGAUCUCAAGGCAACAAGCCCAAUGUCGCUUUCUUGCACAAGACUGUUUAUCCCCAGCUGCAAAAGGAAUGCGCCAGUGCUGGUAUUGUGUGGGAUCAAGCAAAAGACCGCGAAGACGGCAAGAAAAUUCGAACGCUCAUUCGUCGUAUUGUCGACUCUGGAGGUAGCAGUGUGAAUGGUAGCAGCUCAUCAAGCGUGCCUUCACGUCAACGGAGGGAGUCCUCGCAGUUUCCACAUAGCGCAGAUGCAGACGGUGCCAUCGAGAAUUCGCCCAUGAUGACUCGUCACGAGAUGACUUUCGGCUCAACACCCACGACUGCUGGGGGUGGUGAAGACAGUCCUGGUUUGCAGAUG